AUGGCUGUCUCCGCCUUAAAUAUUACAAUUCCGUCAACCCCACAAUCUACCUCCAAACCAACUGGCUCCAAUAAAAAGAGACAAAAGAUUGUACGUGUGGUUUUAUCUAUCCUUGUUAUGGUGAUUUUGAUUUUAGCAAUCUUGUAUGGUACUUGGAGGAGGAAGAAAAGAUCACAAGUAAAAUUACCAGAUAAACCAGUAGAAACCAUUGAAGAAAAGUAUAUCAUGGAGAGCCAAGACGGUGAUACAGAGUUAUUGUCUUUCAGCCUGAGUAAGAUAUCCAAAUCUACUAAUAAUUUUGCAAAUGACACAAAGCUUGGAGAAGGUGGUUUUGGCCCCGUUUACAAGGGUGUGUUAGAUGAUGGACAAGAAAUAGCAGUGAAAAAGUUAUCCAAAACAUCAAAACAAGGUCUUGGCGAGUUCAAGAAUGAACUUAAGUUCAUUGCUAAACUUCAACACCGGAAUCUUGUAAAGCUUUUGGGAUACUGUGUCCAAAGAAAUGAAAGUAUGUUGAUUUAUGAAUACAUGCCUAACAAAAGUCUGGACUCAUUCAUAUUUGAUAAAAUCAAGAGUUCGAUACUAGGUUGGUCAGAUCGUUUUCACAUCAUUCAUGGGAUUGCUCGAGGACUCCUUUAUCUUCAUCAAGAUUCACGAUUUAAAAUUGUUCAUCGAGAUCUUAAAGCAAGCAACAUUUUGUUGGACAUGGAUAUGAAUCCUAAGAUAUCAGAUUUUGGACUCGCUAGAAUGUUUACAGAACAUGAAAAUGAAGCAAAUACGAACAACAUAGUUGGAACUUUGGGUUAUUUAUCACCAGAGUAUGCUCUAGAUGGGAUUUUCUCCGAAAAAUCAGAUGUCUUCAGUUUUGGUGUUCUUGUGCUGGAAAUAGUAAGCGGGGAAAAAAAUAGAGGAUUCUCAUAUGAAAAUGGCAGUGAUAAUCUUCUUGCAUAUGCAUGGAGACUCUUUGAAGAAGGUAAGGCUAUGGAGUUGCUUGGUGUGCAUAUGCGUAAUUCAUGUGUAGCCUCAGAAAUACUUCGUUCAAUACAUAUCAGUCUUUUAUGUGUCCAACAUCAUGCAAAUGACAGACCAACUAUGUCAUCUGUGGUUUUGAUGUUUGGUGAAGAAGGUGCAUUACCUCGACCUAAAAAACCUGCAUUUUUUUGCCAAAGGGAGUGUGCCUCAACGUUACCUAAUUUCUGGCAAUGGCAUAACAAUGACAACUUUUGAACCUCGAUAAUAUGUAUGUGUUCAUGUCAAGUUCCAUUUUCUGAUCAUAAGUUCUUGUUUUUCUUUUUCGCAUGCAUAUGUUAAAGACGCAUCAACAAAAAUAAUGUAGAAUCUAUGGGCCUUAAAUAUGUUUUGUUUCAUAAUACAAUUGUUUGAAUAAGACUUACUUUCAAUAAAUCUGUUGAGAUUAUACAUGCAUUAUGUUUCAUUUAAUGAUAUGG